GAAGGUUAGGUGAGGUGAGGUGGUGGGGGGUGGAGCUUGGCUGCCGGUGGGUGCAGAGCACCCACUAAUUUUCCCCCGUGCGUGCUCCAGCCCUGUAGCACCCACGGAGUCAGCACCUAUGCAGAUGGGCUGGGCUCUGCUCCUGAUGCUCUGCCCCAUCUCUGCAGCGAUGGUGAGUCUGGAUCCGGACACGGCUCAUCCCAGCCUCAAGGUCUCUGAGAAUCGGCGAUCUGUGAAAUGGAGGGGCCUGCAGCAGGACGUGCCUGACAACCCUGAGAGAUUUGACAGUGAAACCUGCGUGCUGGGCUCGGAAGGGUUUGCCUCGGGGAGACACUACUGGGAGGUAGCGGUCGGAGGUGGUAGGACCUGGGCUGUGGGGGUGGCCAAAGAAUCUGUCAGGAGGAAGGGCUGGAUCAGCUUUUCUCCUGAGGAGAGGAUCUGGGCCGUGGAUCAGUUUGGGAGCCAUUACCGGGCUUGCACCUCCCCAGAGACGCUCCUGUCCCUGACUGGGAGCCCUGGGAAGAUCGGAGUGUAUCUGGACUAUGAGCGGGGCCUGGUGUCAUUUUAUCUUCCUGGUAUGGAGGCCCCAAUCUACACUUUCACCACCUCUUUCACUGGGCAGCUCCACCCUUUCUUCUGGGUCUACUCCCCAAUCACGCUGUGUCCCUGAGAUAUGGUAUUGUGGGGAUAGCACCUCUCACUGGUCAAAGACGUUUUUUGUUCUAUUGUUUUCCGAAAUGGACUAAUUUUUCAUUUUUAAAUAUUUUCCAUUAUUUUUUUAUUCUUCUCAAAACUUGGAAUUUUCCAGAAUGAAUAUUUUCAGUUUUGAAAAUCCAACCAUUUGACUAAGCUGAGGGCUCAAAAUUGGCAAAGCAGAAGAAAUCCUGAUAUUAUGGUGAUGAGUGUGGUGGAAGAAGCUACACAAAAUAGAACAGAACCCAAUAAACAAUACAUCAUAGGACCCCUCCACCCAAAUAAAAGGUUUAAGUUGAAAAUUUUGUAAUGCAAAAAAAAAAAAAAAAACCUCAAGAAAAUCCAAAUGUUUUCACAAAAAAAUCUCUUUUUGUAAACCGGCCAAAUUUCCUCAAGAUAUUUUUUGAAUGAAAACUUUUGUUCAGCUCUAAUUAACACCUGUAAUUGCACAUAAUCAAUGAAUGUUUCCUGAUUCUUAGUACUGUAA